AUGUUGUGGGUGGACAAAUACCGACCAAAGUCCCUAGACAAGGUCGUAGUUCACGAAGAUGUGGCACACAAUCUCAAGAAAUUGGUUACAGAGCAAGAUUGUCCUCAUUUACUGUUCUAUGGACCGCCAGGUUCGGGCAAGAAAACCCUAAUCAUGGCCCUUCUUAGACAGAUGUUUGGUGUGAGCACUGAGAAGGUGAAGGUUGAGAACAAGACCUGGAAAGUUGAUGCUGGGACUAGAACUAUUGAUCUAGAGCUUACAACAUUAUCAAGCACCCACCAUGUCGAGCUUAAUCCCAGUGAUGCAGGCUUUCAGGACAGAUACAUUGUUCAGGAGAUAAUCAAAGAAAUGGCCAAAAACAGACCAAUUGACACAAAAGGGAAGAAGGGAUUCAAAGGUAACUCAGGCUAUUGCCUUAUCUUUUCCAUUUUUUUUUGA